CCCAAAUAAACGAAUGAAGAAGACUCAGUCCAUACUCUUGUUGUCACUACUCAUUAGUGGCAGUUCUUUAAUAGGUCAUUAGUGGAGGCGGUAAUAAAUCUGUUGUCCGUUCGUAAACCUCUGAAGAAGAGGCAGAAGCAUAACAAAAGGUCUUAAGAGUUGCAGUCAUAUGUCGUCUCAGUCAUAGCUGCCGGGCAGGUCGAAUGUAUACAUACCCUCCUUGUUUUUUUAAUCUUCUUCCUGUUACCCUGCUGACAUGCAAACCACAAACUCGUGACCCAAACAAAAUGAGAUGGUUAUUCUUCUCUUCAAGACUGACAGGGGUCUACGGGCUGAAAGUACGACUGUGAUCUUUUAGAUGACACGGCUGACUGCACCAGAGAAAUGGACUAUCUACUGCAGGUGAAAGUCGGAGCUCUCGUUGCUUUACUAUUUUUAACUCUUUUAUUUGGAUUUAUCCCUGCUCGGCUGAAAUGGUUCAGGAACGGGAAUGGUACAGGAACCCACCGAGUGGUUCUGAGUUUAAUCAGCUGUUUUGCUGGAGGGGUGUUCCUGGCAGCAUGUCUGCUCGAUAUUAUUCCAGACUACUUGGGAGACAUCAACACUGAGCUGGAUGCUCGGGGAUUACAGAUCAGCUUCCCCCUCCCGGAAUUUAUCAUAGCCUCAGGCUUCUUCUUGGUCCUCAUUUUGGAGAGAAUUGUACUUGACUGCCAACAUGCCCAUGGUGACCAUGAGGAGAGGGCUCCCCUCAUUCCCGCAAAUGGGCGGGAUACUGGGCACGGGCACGGGCACUCCUCGGGCCAGGACCUGGAGGACAGUGGGCCCCACAUGCAUGUGGACUUCCAAGCCCACUCCUCCUUCCGCUCCUUCAUGCUCUUCCUCUCUCUCUCAUUUCACUCCAUAUUCGAGGGCCUUGCCAUAGGCCUGCAGAGGACUGACUCCAAGGUCUUGGAGAUCUGCAUUGCCAUCCUGGUGCACAAGAGCAUCAUCGUGUUCAGCCUGUCUGUGAAGCUGGUGCAGAGCGCCGUGCGUCCUGCGUGGGUGGCCGCCUACAUUUGCGUGUUUGCCGCAAUGUCGCCGCUGGGCAUCGCCGUCGGCAUCGGCCUGACGGAGGCGGCGCUGCCGUCGGGCGCUCUGAUCCAGGCCGUCCUGGAGGGCCUGGCCGCGGGCACCUUCGUCUACAUCACCUUCAUGGAGAUCCUCCCGCACGAGCUCAACUCUCCCGAGAGGCAGCUUCUUAAGGUGCUCUUCAUCCUGCUGGGCUUCAGCACCAUGGCAGCACUCACCUUCCUGGACUAGCGGUGAAUCGUGUUCCUCAGUCUCCACUCAGUCUCGACUCUGUGCCAUGCUGCCUAGAGUUGAUCAAGAGAGAGAGAGGUGCAGCGUCUAUUUUAGCUUUAUGUUUUAAAUUUAGGUUCUCAUUCGUUUUGUUUAGAUUUUAUGUAUUUCCGAAUCGUAAUGAUAAUGUCUGGAUUGACUGGGCUAACAAAAGAGCAAAGAGGCUAAGGUAUUACUGCUUUCAUGCUUUUGUCCUCCAGUAUUGUGCCUGACCUUUGACAAGACUGGUAUAACUACUGAUAACAAAGGGGUGUCACUGACUUUUUUUAUUGCAUCAUGUUAAUGUUUGUCCGUUAAGUCAAUACUUCCAUUGCUGAAUUGUUUACAAAUUAUUUUUACCCUAUUACAAAGGGAAAAGAUAGGUAUUUGAUUCCAGCUAAAGCACUAUUUGUUCCCUGAUUGGGUUGUAAUGAUGACUAUGAGGUGUUGGCUUUAAAUGCUUAGCCUUUACUGAGAACAUAGCGUGAUAACUGGCCUUGUAAUCAGAAAGUGUUCGUCAUACUUUACGAGAAAUGUGAUGGGUCUGUUAGGUACGAUGAUUAGCAUUGUGAUUAUAAUGUAAUCUAGAACCUACUCUUCACAAUACUAAGGCAAUACUCUGCCUUUUGCCAAAUAAACCUUAUAAAUAAUAAAUAAUUUAUAAAGUAAAACUUGUAAUCCCCAAACAAUUCCCUAAACAUUUAGGUACAAGUGUAAUUAAUGUUGAACCGAAUUCUAGAAAGACCUUUUUGAUAGCAUUGGACGUUUAAGGUGUACCUCAUUGUAGAUAUUGAAUCCUUGAAAAACUUAAGCCUGAUGCCAAGAAAAAUUAUUAUAUUCAAUGUACGAAUUACGAAAAAUGUGACCGUAAUGUGAUGAUUUACAAAAGAUAACUUCAUGGUGCCUUGAAUAGUUUUGGCUUGAUGUAAAAUAUAAAACAUUUCCAAAAAGCCUGGCUGUUGUCUUGUAAACAUUAUUCUAAUAUUAAAUCAGUAUUGUGUAUAUGCGUUUUCUUUCAAGAAAACAAAAGAUCCACCAGGUAUUAGGCAUGGCUAGAGCCUCAUCGCUGCUCUCUGAGGCAAAACACAACGUUUACACAAACUUGCACCACUCUUCGUUACAUAGCCCUGGUAACUCUUACUAGCAGUUCACACGACAGCAAAACACACGGCAACUGCUUCUGCAAAUUUAAAAUCCAUUGACAAUAUUAUCCCAGAAUCUGUUGACAAGCAAAGGUCGAGAGCUGAGAAUGGCAUGGCCAGCUUAGUAAUAUAACUUUCGAGGAUGACUUAGUUCAGUAAUAUUUCUUUAUUUUUGCUUAAAACACAAACCUGUUAUUUGAAAAUAUUGCUUGAUGUCUCUUGGGGUUAAUCGAAGAGUCCAGCAACACAAUGCUACUAGCUACAGGGAUAUUUUGCUA